AGCUGUCACUUUGACAUUUCAGUGUGUUUAUUUUCAUUUUGGAGAUGGUGUUUUUUGGUUAUUUUCACUUCUAAAAAUUAAACAAAAUGCCAGCAGUUCUGGAGAACGAUGUUCUCACCUACAAAGGCAGUAACUUCUUCCGGCAACGCUUACUUCUGGCGACUUUGAGUGGGCGUGCGGUUAAAAUUGACGAAAUACGGAGUACCCACGACGAUCCUGGCCUCAAGGAGUAUGAAGUGAAUUUGAUCCGGUUGCUGGAUAAGGUUACGAACGGGACUCGGGUGGAGCUCAGUGAGACCGGCACGUCCUUGUAUUUCCAGCCGGGAAUUCUGAUCGGUGGUCAAGUUACACACACUUGCUGCCCUCAACGGGGUAUAGGAUAUUACUUAGAAAUCUUGCUGGCUCUCGGCCCGUUUUGCAAGGAGCCCCUCAAUGCAGUCCUUCAAGGCGUGACCCACAGCAACUUGGAUGUAUCGGUGGACAAGAUUAAAGCAGCAGCGCUGCCCAUAUUGUUGAAAUUCAUAUUGGUGGAUGAUGGGUUGGAACUUAAAGUUGUCAGAAGAGGAGCCCCUCCUCUUGGAGGUGGUGAAGUAGUCUUCAAGUGUCCUGUACGGCGACACCUCAGGCCGCUGCAAUGGACCAAAUGGGGGCUUGUGAAGAGGAUCCGCGGAGUAGUUUACGCGCUACGAGUUUCACCUACCAUGGCCAAUAGGGUGGUCGAUUCAGCUAAAGGGGUGAUGCUCAAGUUUCUGCCUGAUGUGUACAUCAACACGGACCAGUGCCGCGGUUCAAAUGCCGGCAAGAGCCCCGGGUUUGGAGUCAGUCUGGUCGCCGAGACCAAUGAGAAGACCUACUACUGUGCUGAAACUAAAUCCCUAGAGCCCGGCAGCGGCGAGACGUCCCUCCCUGAAGACAUAGGACGGGAGUGCGCCAAAAGGUUGCUGGAUGAAGUGUACCGCGGCGGCGCCGUCGACUCCGCCUUCCAGUGGCUAUUGGCACUGUGGAUGGCACUCGGACAGAAAGACGUCAGCGAGUGCAUUGUCGGCCCGUUAUCAGACUACACGAUAACCUUCCUGCAGCAUUUAAAAGAGUUCUUCGGCGUGAUGUUCAAGCUGGAAGUGCAGAGGUCAGACGCCGACGAGUCGUCCGACGACGAAGACGGCGUCGCAACCGCUCAUAAGAUCAAGAUGACCUGCGUGGGGAUAGGAUACGUUAAUAUUAGCAAGCGGACGCUGUGAAUAUACUUUAAAGAAAA